GUAUAUGUUCCUCUUAGUAUUAUCAAUUGAAAACUUUGUAGUAAGCUAAGCUAUCUUUGAGCUGUUAUCCUACAAAAAUUCAGCUGAGGAAAUCAAUUGGAAGAUGUAAAUGCAGUUAAAGUCUGACUCAAGUGUUUGCCCAUAAUAAGUUUUUACGAUUCAUACGUAAGCGCUCAUAUCAUAUAUAUAUAUAUAUCUGGACUUCAUAUAGAUAAGGUUAUGCGACAACGAAGAACAUCAUUCUGUUAAUUGGAAAUUGCUGUGAUACGCAAGAGAGCUGAACUCAAAAGGAAUAUCGAUUGUAUAUAUCUAUUGCAUAACAAAUAGUUAAUAUGACUCAAAACCCACCCGACAUUGAGUUGGAAGCGAUGCCGAGUACUUUCAUAGCUUUGCCGUUUAACCCUACUCUUGAGUGGCACAUCCAUGGGCUUUACGAAAACCUAGGCACCCAAGCCGAGUCGCUCGAUCAUAAUGAGGAUAGCAUUAGCAUACAAAACUAUGAUGUGGGAGAUUUUGUGACACUGAUUGAGGUCGAUUCGGAGACACAGCGCAACAUCAACAAGUCCAUGUCGAACUCAAUUUGGGAGCCACCUGCAUCGCCCGGUAAUUGUCUGGGGAAGCUGGCCUGCACCAUAGACAUACUCGAUAUAACGCGACGCCUACUGACGACCGCAGUCGAGAACUGCAAUCCGGGCGUCAAGCUCGACGAGAACCUAAUGUACCCCAUGGCCCAAAAACUGUCCCAAGCGAUAGUCAGCCCGCUCGAGGAGAGCGGCGAAGGCAUCGAUUCGGUCAUCUUCAGCCUGGUGCCCGCCAUAGCUGUGCAGCGCGAUACGGGCCGUGUGAUAGCCUAUGCUGUCGGCCAGCUGGUGGCACGUGGCAGUAGCAAUGCUCAAAUGAUCAUGGUCGUUCGGGGCUGUGCCCUAAGCGUACAAUCGCGCCAAAUUAUCAUCGAGUCCAUAUCGCAAUCCCUGCUGCCAGUUAGUGAAAGCUCAAUUUAGUAAAUCGUUUCUUUUUAAGUGACUCCUAGCAUAUUCUGCAUUUUAUAUUACAUCUAUUCUAUUAUAUCAAAAUAUCUCAGGAAGUGCGCUAAGACUUGCCGAAAGUUUCCCGAAGUU